AUAAAAAUCUGGUUGCAGGGCCAAUGAUUUACAAAGGAAUUUACCAUCUUUUCUACCAAUACAAUCCCAAAGGAGCUGUGUGGGGCAACAUUGUAUGGGCCCACUCCACUUCAAGAGAUCUUGUUAAUUGGACCCCACAAAAAGUUGCCAUCUAUCCAUCUCAGCCAUCAGAUAUUGAUGGUGCCUGGUCUGGAUCCGCCACAAUCUUCCCAGAUGGUACACCUGCAAUGCUUUUCACUGGAAUUAACCCAACAGGCCAACAAGUUCAAAACUUGGCUAUGCCCAAAAACCCAUCUGAUCCAUACCUCUUAGAAUGGGUCAAGUCCCCCAAAAACCCUGUAAUGGCACCCACUCCUGAGAACCAAAUUAAUGCUAGCUCUUUCAGAGACCCAACCACUGCCUGGCUUGGUGCUGAUGGAAGAUGGAAGGUGGUCAUUGGAAGCAGAAUAAACCGUAAGGGAUUAGCAUAUCUUUACAGAAGUAAAGAUUUUGUUUAUUGGAUUAAGGCCAAAACCCUAUUGCAUUCUGCUGAGGACACUGGAAUGUGGGAAUGUGUAGAUUUUUUUCCAGUGUCAGUUAACAGCUCAGUUGGGGUUGAUAUGCUAUCAAUAUUGGGACCAAAUGUUAAGUAUGUGUUUAAGGCAAGUUUAGAUGAUACUAAGCAUGAUUACUACACCGUUGGAGAAUAUGACCCUGUGAAGGAUGUUUAUACUCCAGAUGAAGGAUCAGUGGAUGGUGAUUCAGGGUUAAGAUAUGAUUAUGGGAAAUUUUAUGCUUCAAAAUCUUUCUUUGACAGCGCUAAGAAUAGAAUGAUCUUGUGGGGUUGGAUAAAUGAAUCUUCAAGUGUGAGUGAUGAUAUCAAGAAGGGCUGGUCUGGAAUUCAGGCAAUUCCAAGAGUUAUCUGGCUUGACAAAUCAGGAAAGCAACUGUUGCAAUGGCCAAUAAAGGAAAUCGAAAUGCUUCGCACAAAUGCAGUCCACUUGCCUAGAAAAGUCCUUCAGGGAGGUUCUGUGCUUGAAGUUCCUCGUGUCACAGCUGCACAGGCAGAUGUGGAGAUAACAUUCAAGGUAUCACAUUUUAGGAAAGCAGAAGGGCUAGACCCAAGCUGGACCAACCCACAAUUGCUAUGUAGCCAAAAGGGUGCAUCAGUUAGAGGCAGUUUAGGUCCAUUUGGGUUGCUAGUUUUUGCUUCUAAAGGCAUGCAAGAGUAUACAUCAGUUUUCUUCAGAAUAUUCAAAGGCCAGAACAAAUAUGUGGUGCUCAUGUGCAGUGACCAAAGCAGGUCUUCACUGAAUCCAGAUAAUGAUAAGACCACCUAUGGGGCUUUUGUGGAUGUGGACCCUGUUCAUGAGCAUUUGUCAUUAAGAAGCUUGAUUGAUCAUUCAGUAGUGGAGAGUUUUGGCGGACAAGGAAAGAGCUGCAUGACAGCAAGAGUCUAUCCCAUAUUGGCUAUAAAUGAAGAUGCCCACCUGCAUGCUUUCAAUAACGGAAGUAAAAGUGUCACCAUCACAAGAUUGAGUGCUUGGAGCAUGAAGAAGGCUAAUAUCAACUGAAAAACUAUAACAAAGUUGGGAAGUAGCCAAGGUUGAGAACUACAGGAGCAUGGACUGAAAUAUAUAUCUGCAGUCAUUGAUUUAUAAAGUGAUCAGAAAGAAACUAUAAAUUUCUAUACUUAUCUUUUAACUAUACUUUUUAGUAGUUUGUUUUUCUCUUUAUUGUAAUUUCU